UCAAGAAAAGAGGACAAGUUCCCUGAGUUCGAAAACCCCAGGGCUUUCGACAAGGAGGAUUGUCUUUCGUGCAGGGUUCUCGGCUCAACGGCGUUCGUGGGCCUAGGUGGCUACACAUACUUUUCGGGCAUGCAGCAACUUCGCGCCCGGCAGAAGGCUAUCGAAUUCAGCAAAUCCAAGUACAAGUACGGCUCACGCCAACUGGGCAUCUUGUCAUUGUCUGCAACACUCAUGGGCUUGGGGGUCUAUCGCAUGUUCAUCUAG